AUGUCUGUGACCGCCUGCCAGGGCUUGGGGUUUGUGGUCUCACUGAUCGGCAUUGCGGGCAUCAUUGCUGCCACCUGCAUGGACCAGUGGAGCACCCAGGAUUUAUACAACAACCCGGUGACAGCCGUCUUCAACUACCAGGGCCUGUGGCGCUCCUGUGUCCGCGAGAGCUCCGGCUUCACCGAGUGCCGGGGCUACUUCACCAUCCUGGGGCUGCCAGUGAGGUCAGGCCAAGUGGUUUUCCGUGGUGAGCAGAGCCUCAAGGACGGGCUUGUGGGGGCUCUCAGCGGUGCCUUUUCCCCGGGUGGUGGCGCGCUCGGGCGCAGCCCGACCUGGGAUGGGGCGGAGGUCCACUCAGACCGCCGCGCCCUCAAACUAGCUGAGACUCGGCCGCUCAGCGGGACAAGUGCCUCUUGGGCUGCUUCGCUAACAAAUGAAAAAAUAAUGCCCUUGAAUCUGGAGUGA